GCGGUGCGGCGCUGAGUGGCUGGGCCGGCGGCUGCGGCGUAGGCUGCAGAUCCCACCAAAGCGAGGGCUGGGGGGUUGGCGGGUGGGUGCUGUGUCCCGGAGCAGCCUCUCGGCGCGACCCCGCACUCCCUGGGCAGCCCGUGGGCCUCUGCCCCCAGCGCGUGACUGAGCUCCGGCGGGCGCACCCCGUGAGCGGCGGCAAUCUCGGACAGGUUAGGUUGCGGGCAGGGGAAGGCGCGGGAGCACCGAAGGCCAGAGAAAGAGCCCAAAUCAGGCCAUCUCCAGCUAUGUCUGACGAGGCGUCGGCCACCACUUCCUAUGAGAAGUUUCUAACCCCUGAAGAACCUUUCCCGCUUCUGGGACCCCCUCGCGGCGUGGGCACCUGCCCCAGCGAGGAGCCGGGCUGCCUGGACAUCAGCGAUUUUGGUUGCCAGCUCUCUUCCUGCCAUCGCACUGAUCCGCUCCACCGCUUCCAUACCAACAGGUGGAACCUAACUUCCUGUGGAACCAGUGUGGCCAGCUCCGAGUGCAGUGAGGAGCUCUUCUCAUCCGUUUCUGUGGGCGAUCAAGACGACUGCUAUUCUCUGUUAGAUGAUCAAGAGUUCACAUCUUUUGAUUUGUUCCCUGAGGGCAGUGUCUGCAGUGACGUCUCUUCUUCUAUAAGUACUUACUGGGAUUGGUCAGAUAGCGAAUUUGAAUGGCAGUUACCAGGCAGUGACAUUGCCAGCGGGAGUGAUGUACUUUCUGAUGUCAUACCAAGUAUACCAAGUUCACCUUGCCUGCUUCCAAAAAAGAAAAAUAAGCACCAGAAUUUAGAUGAGCUUCCUUGGAGUGCAAUGACAAAUGAUGAGCAGGUGGAAUAUAUUGAAUAUCUGAGUCGUAAAGUUAGUACUGAAAUGGGUCUUCGGGAGCAACUUGAUAUUAUUAAAAUCAUUGAUCCAUCUGCUCAAAUCUCCCCUACAGACAGUGAGUUUAUUAUUGAACUUAACUGUCUCACAGAUGAAAAACUGAAGCAGGUCAGAAACUAUAUUAAGGAACAUAGCCCUCGCCAGCGGCCUGCAAGAGAGGCCUGGAAAAGAAGCAACUUUAGUUGUGCAAGCACCAGUGGAGUGAGCGGGGCCAGUGCCAGCAGCAGCAGCGCCAGCAUGGUCAGUUCCGCAAGCAGCAGUGGGUCCAGUGUCGGAAACUCUGCUUCCAACUCCAGUGCCAACAUGAGUCGAGCACACAGUGACAGCAACCUGUCUACAAGUGCAGCAGAGCGGAUUCGGGAUUCAAAAAAGCGAUCUAAGCAGCGGAAAUUACAGCAGAAAGCUUUCCGCAAGAGGCAGCUGAAGGAGCAGAGGCAGGCCCGGAAGGAGAGGCUGAGUGGGCUCUUCCUCAAUGAAGAGGUGCUGUCCUUGAAAGUGACUGAGGAAGACCAUGAAGCAGAUGUUGAUGUUUUGAUGUAAUAAGGAUGGAUUUAUCACCACUCAUUCUAAGCAUUAUUCUGUUCUUGUUGGUUUACAUGCA